GGCUGCGGGUUUCGUAACCGUCGCUCCUCCUCGCCGACUCGCGGGGUUCGGGCCGCGCCGCGCGGGGCCGCUCGGAAGUGAAGGCCGCCUCGGGGCGGGCGGGCGGGCUGGAAGCGCAGGUACGUGCGAAGAUUUCUUGGCACUUCAGCGUGGAAACCAUUGAUCACCUUGCCCUUGUUUCUGUCUGUUCUGGGUUGGUAAGGGAGAGUGCCCAAAUGAGCAAGAUAUCGCAGCAGAACAGUACUCCAGGAGUGAAUGGAAUAAGUGUCAUUCAUACGCAGGCUCAUGCCAGCGGUUUGCAGCAGGUUCCUCAGCUGGUGCCCGCUGGCCCUGGAGGCGGGGGCAAAGCGGUGCCUCCAAGUAAGCAAAGCAAAAAGAGCUCCCCUAUGGAUCGAAACAGUGACGAGUAUCGCCAGCGCCGAGAACGGAACAACAUGGCGGUUAAAAAGAGCCGGUUGAAAAGCAAGCAGAAGGCGCAGGAUACGCUGCAGCGAGUCAAUCAGCUCAAGGAAGAGAACGAACGCUUGGAAGCAAAAAUUAAGUUGCUGACUAAGGAGUUAAGCGUACUGAAGGAUUUGUUUCUUGAGCAUGCACACAACCUUGCAGACAACGUGCAGCCCAGUAGCACUGAAAACACCACAACGAAUUCUGAUAACACAGGACCGUAGAUCUCAUGCCCCCCUGGCUCCCACACUUAGGGCUUGAACGUUAAGGGCGUGACUGCACCGCUCCUGUCAAUUCCUGAGCAAGCGAGCACCCUGUGCUCUGUGAUUGCAAAGGCCCCCUGAAAGGGCUUCUCUAGCAUCAGCACUGAAGAGUUGACAAACCUCAUGAGAAACAUUAGCCUUGUUAUUUGAUACCCAGUUUUAAAUGACCGUAUUUUUUUUGGUGGGGUCUAAAGAAAUUUUUUUAAGGCAUAUAUGGUAAAAACAAAUCGACCCUGGAUCACGAUGUUCUUAAUAAAUCUUUAUUUCCCAAGAAAUGUUUCUUUUUUAGGUUGUCAGAAGGAUUUGGGAACUGGCAUUUCACCGAGGAGGUUUUUGGUUUGAUUGGGUAUGGCUAAUUGGAUUAAGGUAGUUGAAUGCAAUCUAUCUUCUCUUUGUGAUUUUAUUCUAAAUUUUGUAUUAAGAGGCCUUAGGGCUAUCGAAACCAAUCACUUUGUAAUUUUGGAGAAUUUCAUGUCUAGUAUAAACUGUUUUAGCAAAAAUAGCACGUUGAUGAAUAGUGAUGGUUGCUUUAAGAAAUCCCCUUGCAUUCUAAAAGUAGCAUGCAGCCAGUUGGUUUCAAAAAAAUAGUUUUGAGGAAACAAUCAUAUUUUUAAAAGGAAAAGAAAUGCGUAUUCGACUUAGGCUUUUGAGCUACUAGAUUGGCAUUCAUUUUUUCCUUAAGAAGUAAAAUAAUUUGGAAGUUUAGAAAAACUUGGAUACACAAUUUUUAGUUCCUGCCGUUUCUAGUGAAAUAAGCAUUUUUUGGAGACUGUUUUGACUGCCAAGUUAGUAGACGAAAUACUAACACGAUUUGACCACACAAGCUAAUGAUUAGGAGUAAGUUUCUUUGUUAGAUGAUCUAAAAUGGGGUCAUUAUUUUACAUGAAUUUAUGUCAGAAUUUGAUCAUAAUCAGUUGAUUAGAAAAAUAUAUCAACUCCAUGCCCUCUCCCAAAAUUGUCUAAAAAACUUGAAAGUCUGACGUUUUAACCUUUAAUUUAUUUUCUUUAAACAUCUUUUUAUAUUGUUUUUGUGGUAUUUUUUUCCUAGUGUUAGUGGGGGUGUUCUUCCAGAUGUUUUGUGCCAUUGCUUCUGUUCAUUGUUUGCUUUUUUUAAAAAAUCGAAUAAAUUAUUGUAGAACAAA